AUGCGUGUCCUCAUCGCAGCCAUCGCUCUCUUGAGCAUCUUCUCUGACCCUACCUCUGCCCAUCCUUCUCUCUUUGACCCCCGAGCCCAAACGAAGAACAUCCGGGUUCCCAUCAACCAACUCCUCCAGAACUCCAAAGUUGAAAAGUCGGGCAAGGGUACCCAGGGCCCUCUCAAAUUCACGGGGACCCUCUCUCCAAAGCUCAAAGCUCUCUACAAAAACAUCGCCCCCAAGCCUGAUCCCCUUAAAGAAUCCGACGGCCGGAUAUACUGCUGCUUGCUCCGAUGGCGGCAAGUAUCCUUGCUAUUACGUGUUCACUCCACGCAUCGGUGUGAUUAA